AUGGAUCCUCUUUCCAUCUCAGCGAGCAUUGCCGGUUUGGUGGCGGUCGCCGACCUCGUGUUUCGCCAUUCCACCAAGUAUCUCAACGGCGCACGAAAGGAAGCCGAAGACAUCUCCCACGAAGUCAAGAAUCUUUCUAUUAUAUUACACAACCUGUCGCUUGUCGCCUUUGAGUUGGAGGAGACGCAGUCUUCCGAUAGUACCCAACAGAAGUCAAACCUCAAACCACACCACUUGCACGACUGCCAACAGCUCCUCAGGCGACUAGAACAAGGUCUUGUCAGCACACAACCGAACCUUGGCUCUACUUCACGCAUCGAGAGACUUCAAAGUCGUCUGGCAUGGCCAUUCUCUUCAUCCGACACAAAAGAGAUUCUUCGGGAUGUACGACGCCACAAGCAGACCAUUAAGCUUGCGCUAGAAGCCGACACAUUGAGCAAUCUAAGGCUUCUCCUUUCCCGGCAAUCAGAUGCCAAUUCCAGGAUCAGCCACAUACAAGAGACUGUCAACAAGAUCUAUGAUAUUCAGACCAGCAUUCGCCUAGACGAGAAAAGACAAAAAGUGCUUGAAUUCUUCACCAAGGCCAACCCACGCUCCGAGCUUGACACCAACAGAAAUCUACGCCACAGUCUCACAGGUCUCUGGCUCACCGAAGGACUAGAGUUUGAGGAAUGGUAUACCACACCCGGGUCGAAAAUCUGGUGUAGCGGCAUCCCGGGCGCUGGCAAAUCGGUCCUCGCCGCUGCCAUGAUCGACGAGUGUCUCCAGAGGAAUGUAGCCAAUCCAUGCUCGGUCAUGGCAUACUUCUUCUGUAUUUAUAGAGACGAGGAAACUCAGGAUCCCGUCUCCAUUCUCUCCUCGCUUUGCUCUCAGCUUGCUCGACAGGAUGAGAAGGCGUUUUUGGUCUUGGAGGAAUAUUACCAUGAACUGACAUCUGAUCGUCAACUUCAGUCAGGGCCAUCAGCGAAGAAAUUGAUCAAGGUUCUCCGAAAAAUUUGUUCCUUGAUUGAUCGAGUAUACAUCAUCGUUGAUGGAUUGGACGAAUGCGGCAAGCGGGUCGAAGAAACUGUGGAAUCCCUUGCAGCCCUCCUCCCAUCUCAUAUUGAUGAAGGGCUCAACAUAGCUCUAUUGAGUAGGAACGAGGUUCCUAUUCGAGAGAUCUUGGGAGGCGAGUUCCAAAAUAUCGAAAUUGAAGCGCACACUGAAGACAUCCAACUUUAUGUGGCAUCAGAACUGAAACAACGCAUUGAGUCGAAGAAGCUGAGACUCCGCGAUCUAGCCCUGAAGGACGUGAUCAUGACGAGGCUAGUUGAAGGGGCAAAAGGAAUGUUUCGGUGGGUGGCUUGCCAGCUGGACCACCUCUGCGAACUUCCUACGGAUAGGGCUCGGCGAAAGGCAUUGGACAAGCUACCACCCACACUCUUUGCUACCUAUGAGCAGAUUUUGACCAGGAUCAACAACUCUGGUGAAGAAAACAAACAGCUAGUGCAGAAAACCUUGUUGUUCAUCAGUUCCCCUCAUCAUGGACUCCUCAACCUCCGACAAAUAUGUGAGGCCAUCUCUCUCCAAGAUGGUGAUGAGGAACUUGUACAUGAGGAUAUCAUAGAUGGAGGGGAAAUUCUCCGAUUGUGCGGUAGCCUUAUUCGAGUAAGGAAGGGUUUGUACCACACUGGGGACGGCGGCGAAGUUGGCAUUGAGUUUUCACACUUUUCUGUGCAGGAAUAUCUCCAAGACGAAUGCCUCAGGCAUGCCACCCUCAGUGCGUACGGUGUCUCUCGACAAAAGGCUUGCCAGCUUCUCGCGUCUCUCUGCCUCGGCUACCUCACCCUCAAGAACGAAGAGCAGCUACCAGAAACAACAACCGAGAUGAGUGAAGCCAUGUCUGAAAGAGACUUGAGGCAUCCUUUCUACAGGCAUGCAGCGACGUACUGGCUGUCCUAUGUACGCGAGGCCGGCGAAGGCUGCUGUCUUGAGCGCAUUCAUGACCUUUUUCAGGUUCAAAAAACCCCCAACUUUUGCACGUGGGCUACAACACUUGUGGUUCAUUGUGUGUUGGUAGUCCGCAAAAUGAUGUCUCUUGAUGGCUUGUGGAGUCCAACACCGAGUUUCAGGGACAUCUGCAUGCCUUUCCAUCCCUCUGAUCUUGUUCGACCAGACUUCACACCUCUACACAUGGCGGCUAUCUUGGGGAUUCCCGAUCUUUGUCGCCAUCUACUCAGUCAAGGCGCAGACUUGGAUGUCAAGGGCAAAUUCGGCACCCCACUGCAUGGCGCAAUCGCUGGCCUUGGGGCUUUUUUAUUUGGAGGAGAGUUUUCUGUGCCGUGUUUGGUGCGGAUUCUAGGUCAAAACUACGGGAUAGAUCAACCUCUAGGACGACUCCGGGCUGCCCAAGUCCUGCUUGAAGCUGGGGCCAAGACGCAAUUGCUCUGCACAGGUCACUGGGAAGGAAGUUUUUCGUCUUUGUCCUUUUCCGCGCUUACAUCUUCCUUUGGGCCUGAGCUUGAGAUUGCCGCGGAGCUCAUCAAGACUGGUAUCAAUGUUGAAGAGGAGGACCUAGCCUGCUUUGUACAACGCUACGAGGAAAUGUUAUCCACGGAGUACAAUAAUAUCAGUUCGCAGGCAGUUUUGAAGCUUCUCGAGGCUCUCGGCCCUCCAGACACACAUACGAAAACCACGUCAAAGGCACUAUUGUACAACAAGACGCUUCACUGGGCAGCAAGAAUGAAGAUAGCCUCCCUCGGUGCAGUGUCAACAUAUCAGCCAAUGAGCGAGGCCAGCGAUGAUGAGAUUUUUGAUUUCAUUUUUUCAUGGGUCCAGAGCAAUGAUGUCAUUGAACUAAGCCGGUUCCUGAAAGGUCAUCGAUCUGAACUCGUCACAUCUGCUAGAUUUGAUAUUCAACGGCUUGAUCUUGCUGAGUUUCUGGAUGAGGACGUCAUUUAUCAAGAUUCGACCGCCCUCCACUUGGCGGCACAUCGCAACUCCCUGGAUGCCCUCGACACACUCAUAGAUCAUGGUUUUGAUGCAAACAUUGCAGCUCCAGACGGGAAAAGUCCAGUCCACAUGUGCUGUCAUCAGGACGCACUCCGAGCGUUGUUGCGACAUGGCGCCUCUACACUUGCGUCCGACAACACUCAAGAGACAAUUUGGCAUACAGCUGCGCAUUAUGGCCAAAUAAGAAUACUGGAAGUUCUUAUUCAACUCGAUGUUAGACAAGAGGCGUUGCAAAUGGUCUCGUCAAGGAAGGAGACGCCAAUCUGCUCCGCCUUGAACGCGGGACAAAAAGACGCUGUUCUAUUUCUCCUCAGAUAUUGCAACUCCCGAGAAUUCUGGAAGAGUGGUGAGUCUAUUUUUCGAGCGGCAGCAAAAAUAGGGUCUUCUGAGAUUGUGAAGCAUUUGCUAGAUGUCGGCAUCGAGGUGGACGGCAUGGACGACAUCACAGGGAGCCCGCUGCACUAUCUUUCCACAAGAGCCAGUGUUGAGUGCGUUGCACCACUCAAGUGUUUAUUUCCUCUGAGCCAGCGAAGAGAAGAGGAUCACAGGACACCGCUGGAGUCGUUCUUGCUCCGAGCUACAGGGGAGAGCACGAGGCUGGAAGGCAAGGUCCUGGAAGCCAUGCUACCAGCCAAUGCCCUGUCAUGUCCCCACGAAGCAAGCAGUCUGUGGUCAUUUGUGGGCCUUGAGGUGGCCACGAGUGCGCUGAUUAGCCCGGAGUAUCUUUCGUCAACUUGGACUUGGCUCACAGACUUCGUUUUCACCUUGAUCGAGCUUGGUAUCAUGGCCAAGUACGAAGCAACAGGACAUUCAGCCCUGCGUCCGUUUGCAUCGUUCUCGAAGGGGGUUGGUAUUGGGGAUGUCACCAACAUACAUCAAAAGGUGGCGUUGGAAGGCCACGAGCUAUCAAAGUAUUCCCACUGGCACGACUUCUCAAGAAUGGUGCUGGGCGUUGCGAGAGAGGCAAAGCGUUGGGACAUCGCAGUCAGCGAGCCCGAGGUGGUUCAACUGUUAGCCUUCUCUAUCCUGCACGAUGACAAAAAGAUGAUAUCGUUGCUCGUGGAUAAGGGUGUUGAUAUCCACUCAAGAGCCGACGUGCUCUCCCCGUUCGAGUUCGCCUGCUUUCCUGGCGUCCCAGUCGGCGAAAGGAGCUUCGCGAUUCUCUUGGAACACGCCGCCCUAGAAAAGAUGACAGAAAGGAACGAAAAGUUCGAUGGAUGUGGUUCUCUCCACUUUAUCGCAGGAUGGACUGGGAGGGGAAGAGCAUGCAACUGGAAGCUGAGGCAAAUGUUGUCGGCGGGUGUCGAUCCAUGCUCACCCUUGUCUCCCAAGCGAGGAUCACCCCUCGCACAUCACCUGUGCAAUGGCGCCCUAAACACGGCCGAGAUUCUUCUCGAAUCUAGAGCUGACCCAUGGGCUCACGGGUCGUAUCCAUUUGAUGCACCUUUAGAGGCGGCUCGCUAUGGCAGUCAUUCAAUACUCAAGAAGAUCGCCGCCUUUGAUCACGAGUCUCCUUGCUGGGACCGAACCUGGGCAGGUAUCGGCGACGAGGAAGGGUUUUCUGGUGGGAACGCACUCCAUCUGGCAGCAAUGAAUGGCAAGACAGGGUGCUUAGAGUUCUAUCUCAAUCAGGGCUUGCUGUCGAAUUUGGAGUGUCAUGACCGUCAUCUUGAGACUCCUAUGCACUACGCUGCUCGAUUUAAUGAAAUCUCAACCAUAAAGUGGUUGAAGGCUCGUGGGGGAAACAUCGAUUCCAGAAACUGCGACGGCCAGACUCCGUUGCACCUAGCAGCUAAAGGGGGGCAUUUGGAGACGGUUCGAACCUUGAUUCGUCUCGGCGCCAAGCAUCAGGCCUGCAAUCGAGGAUGCGUUCCACUGGUAUACGCAUACUCAACAGGAAAUGCUGCCAUGAUUGAGAUCCUCCAGAAUUCUUCCGAGGAACUCCAAGAGUCGAAUUCUCCAAGCAAAUCUCCAACGGCGUUGAAAAUAUUGGCAGAUGCAAUGCGCAAUGCUAUUCUACGGAGCGAUGUUCCCGCUUGUGAGAGAAUCCUCGCCCUCGGAUGCCCGGUAGACGUUGAGCUAUAUGACGAAGUUCCUGUGACCCUUUUGGCUGUGGCCAUUUGUCACCAACAAGACCCCAAGGUUGUUCAAUGGUUGAUGGACGCUGGUGCAACAGUCUCGACAAUCUUUCCUCAACCCUAUCAGGACCGGUACUCGACCGCUCUUGAAGCAGCCAUCGCUCAUCCGAGGUUGAACAGUAUCCUGCACAAGUUGUUGAACAAAUUCUUGGAAGAAGGGGGCAAUUUUCUUGACAUGGCUCGAAGUCCUCUUCAUCUUGCCAUCGACUACGACAAUAUUGAGGGGCUCAAGACUCUGUUGGACUGGCUUCGCGAGACGUACGGUAGCUCCAGAUUGAAUCUGAAUAACUCAAGUUGUGUUGUCGAAAGUAAAUCUUCACAGAGCGAGACGCUUUCCGCCUUCGUCGACCAAAAAGAUGCUCAGAGUCGGCAAACUGCACUUCAUAUUGCAGCCUCCAGAAACAAUCUCGAUGCCUGUGCCGUUCUGGUCAGCAGCCUCGCCAACAUUGAAGAGACGAACGAUAGAAACGAGACGCCACUUCACCUUGCCGCUGGACACGGCUCCCUUCAAGUUGCCAAACAUCUUCUCGACUGUGGUGCUCACCCAAACCUUUUGGAUGAGUGGGAUGAAACGCCACUCAUGUGUGCGUAUCGGGAAAGCCAGUGGGAACUAGUUGAUCUUCUCAGACCAUAUUGCAAAGACAUUACGAGAACGAACAUAUUGGGAGAAAAUGGUAUGCAUUUCGUGGUCAUUUUUGAACCCGACCCGACGAGACCAGGGUCGUCACUGGAAACCCUUUCCCGCUGCAUUGACCAAGGGGCUAGCUUGUACUUGCCAGACAGCGAUGGGGUGGCCCCCCUACAUUGGAUCUUGGCCAAACAGUCUGGGUACCACCUACGAUUCCUAUUGAAUAGAGAUCAUCGUUUCCUCCGGCCACAGGAGACGGGUCACUGGCCUAGUGAUUGGUUCCUCGCUACAGAUCGCAGGUUGGCGACAAUAUCCAAGAAUUUGCGCCUUGUCCAGCCGUUCCUGAGCAAUCAUGAGCUCCGUCAACUUUGCGACAUUGCAGAGAGAGGAGACCACAGUCUAUUGUGCCGAGCAGCAUGCUGGGGCUCAGUCGAGGCGAUCGAGAGCCUCCUCGCACUUGGAGUCGGCAUGAUUGAGCAUCAAUGCAAGGACCACGGCACGCCGUUGGCCGCUGCAAUUUCAAGAGGCCAUAUCAAGGCGGUCAAGUGUCUUGUGAACAAUGGCGCAACGGUGCCCUACGGCCUUUGCCAGCCAAAUGAUUUUGAGGUCAGCGUGGGCAAGCAAGACUUUGCUGUCCGGCAAUGGUUAUUCGUGGGUCGGCAUGUAGAGCAGAGCAGGAUCUCAGACGUGAUGGCGGAAUCCUCAGGCAAGGUUGAGAGCUGGGCUGGCGUACGUACUGUGAGAGUGGCCCUGAAGUGGGAAUGGAAGAGACACCGGGGAGAGGAUAUAUGGGAGUAUGCGUGCAGACGGCAAAAGAUUCUCAAGGAUGUGAGAGGCAAGGUUGUCAAGUGCCUUGAAGAGACUACUGAAGGCGAGGAUGCCGGGAGUGAUGCCAGUGAUGAGGAGUUCUCUGGCAGGCACUAUUGUCUGGGACGGGAACGUAUAAGGGGGGCUAGAUUGGUUUAUUGA